AAGAAAAAGGAAAUAGCUGUAAACAAACAAUGUAUGGAUGUUCAGUUAGAAAUUAAUUCGUUAAAAUAUAUCAUGAGACGGUUACCUCUUUGGAAAAUCUUAGUUUUAUUGGGUUUUAGUUUUAUGAUAAUUUAUUUAUACUCUUGGAUUAGUAAUGAUGAUGUGAAGAGCUUUGUAAAUAGAUCUCGGGGUACAGCGAGCACUAAAUUAUUAACAUUAAGACCUCAAAGUACUACACCGCAGAAGACUUCCAUAAACAGGAUCGUUUUGUCGUUCGUUGUGUGUGACUCGAGAUUCAACGAAUCCCUGAAUGUGGUUAAAUCCGUCUUACUGUUUACCAAGACUCCCGUGCACUUCGUCAUAUUCACAGACGACAAUCUUAAAUCGAAAUUCAAUGAGACACUUAGCAACUGGAGAGAACUAACCGACUACCAGCUUGAUUUUGAGCUGCACAGCAUUAACUUUCCUGAGGAGCAUGUUGAUGAUUGGAUGAACUUAUUCAGCAAAUGUGCUGCGCAACGAUUAUUUAUACCGAAACUGAUUACCCACAUUGAUGCCAUGAUCUAUGUUGACACUGACACCCUGUUCCUGGGCCCCGCUGAUGAAUUGUGGCGCAAGUUCUCGCUGUUCAACAUCUCGCAAAUAUCUGCCAUGGCCCUGGAAAAUGACAAUCCUAAUGUGUCUUGGUAUCCCAGAUUUGCCAAGCAUCCAUUUUAUGGGAAGUAUGGGCUAAAUUCAGGUGUGAUGUUAAUGAACCUGACAAGAAUGAGAGAGUUUGGUUGGGUUGACUAUGUCACCCCAAUUAUGCUUAAAUGGAAAUUGUACAUACCAUGGGGAGACCAGGAUAUAAUAAACGUGAUAUUCCACUACCACCCCCGCGCCGUGCUGGAGCUCUCCUGCCGCUACAACUACCGCACGGACCAGUGCAUGUACGGCGACGCGUGCUCCGACGCGACCGCCGAUGGCGUGUUCCUACUGCACGGCAGCAGGAAGGCCUUCCACGCGCACAAGCAGCCCGCCUUUGAGGCAGUAUACCGGGCCAUUGAGGAGUGGUCUGUCGGCUCGGACCCCUCCGACUUACCGACCGUACUCGAGCGCUACUUCACGGAGGCCCCGCCCUCGCUCUGCGGCAACCUCAAGGACGCCUUCCUGAAGGUCCCCACGGCUACAAUGGCCAAGGUGCAUAGGAAACCCGACAGGUAGCGACUUCAUCUUACUCAAGUUGUAGAGCGAAGGGACCGUUACAACGAGGUGAAUAACUAAGACUAGAUUGGAGGUAAGAUUGGAAAAUGAUCUUUAUAAGUUAUCAUUAGUUCUACAGUUAAUUAUUAUUUAAAAAGGUCUGGAUUGAAUCCGUAACUCGGUGCCUUUUAAUAGUGCUAAGUAUUUUACAACGAAUUACGUAUUCUUUUGACUAUCGUAGAAAAGCUGCCUGAUCAUUGUAAGGAUAUACUGACGUCCCAAUUGGACCCGAUUGGUCAGCUAGUAUCAAACAAACAAAAUACAGGUAUCAUAGUUUAAUAAGAUUAGAUUUAGAAGUCACACGAAACCGCCGCCAAAAAGCUGCUCCAUACAAUCGAAAUUACGCUCUCAUUUUAAAUUUUAAAACGACGUGCUUAAGUUACAUGAAGCUUGACAUGUACAUUUACACAGCAUAUAUCUGUAUGUGCCAUCUGGUAGUUUUCGUUGCAAAAAAUGGUAUAGGAAGAAAAUAAAACUAAUAUUAUUAAAUUUUGUAUGUUAAACUGCUACUCGCUCUAAUUUCUUUGUAUUUAUUACAAUUUCUAGCAAUGAAAACUAGUACCGAACAUACAUAGAUAUAUUAUAAUUAUGUUACUUGAAUGUACACAUCAAAUUUCAUUUUAUUACAGAACGUCGGUUUGAAAUAAGAACGUAACUUCGAUUGUAUGCCUUAGAACGCACUGCGGUUUU